AUGUAUUCUGCACUAUGCAAGAAGAAUGGUGAACAGAUACGUCCAAGAUCUAUAUCUGUGAACGCUCGUGUCGUUGAUUUGGCCGCACAGCUCGUGUUUACAAAGACCUACAGCAACGUUGGCGAGGAGUUUGCCGACGACCAGAGCGGAAACGCCACGUUCAAGGCCUACCUCAACACAUCCAUCGGUGUGCUGACCGGCUUUGAGAUCAAGCUCGAUGGCAAGAAGAUCACGGCCGAGGUGACCAACCUGAGUGAGGCCAUGCGCCAGUUCGACAGCCACACAGCCUCCAACAUCGUCAAGGAGGCCGGCAUCGAGGAAAACAACCUCGACCCAUACAUCCAGGAGGACUUCUUCCUGUGUCGUCUCAACAACCUGUCGCUGCACAAGGAGCUGGAGGUCAUCAUCACCUACGUCACCGAGAUGUCGAUGCAGGAGGAGCACCUGCUGCUCGUGCUGCCCACCUCGCUGUCCACCGUGCGCUCCAGCCAAUACUUUGAGACGCUGCCCUCUCACUCGCUCAGCAACACCACCGAUGACGAGUCCACCACCACCACUGCGACAUCCGCCGAGGAGUCGCAGGGUAUCUCCAUCAAGCUUGAGCUGGAGAUGCAGUCAAACAUCGUCGAGAUUUGCUCGCCAUCACAUCCAUCCGGCAUCGAGGCCAAGUGGAAGGAGUCCACCGGCAAGGUCGUCUACACUGACACUCGCUCUAUCGAUGUCGUCAACCAGUCCGACAUGAUCGUGCUGGUCAAGCUGGAGGACCCCCACGUGCCCUGCGGCUUCAUCGAGCAGGACAGCGAGGGCAGCCGCGCCCUCAUGAUCGUCUUCUAUCCCAAGCUGAACGAGAAGGAGGCACCCAAGAAGUCUUUCGCCGAGGCGAUCGCCGACGCUAGCAAGCCAGUCGUCACGCCACGCAACAAGCAGGAGAUGGAACUGAUAUUCCUCGUGGACUGCAGCGAGUCCAUGGUGGGCUACAACAUCAAGCACGCCAAGAGCAGUCUGUAUCUGUUUGCCGGCUCGCUCGAGCAGGGCACCUACUUCAACAUCAUCUCGUUCGGCUCCAAGUUCCACAAGCUGUUCCCACAGUCCGUCCAGUACAGCGAGAAGCAUCUGGAGGAGGCCAAGAAGUACAUCCACACGCUCAAGGCUGAGUCGGGCGAGACCAACCUUCUGGCGCCACUGCAGGACAUCUACAAGACGCCAGCCACCACUCGUCCACGCAAGAUCUUCCUCCUGACCGAUGGUCGUGUCACCGACAUUGGACAGAUUGUCGACCUCGUUCGUGAGAAUGCCAACACCACCUCAGUCUUCCCCAUCGGUAUGGGUGAGUUUGUCAGCAGACAACUUGUUGAUCUUGUUGCCAACGCAGGUUGUGGAGUUGCCGAACUUGCUUUGGAGAAUGACCCAAUCGAGAAGAAGGUUAUGAGACAGAUUAAGCGCGCUUUGCAGCCAGCCUACACCAACAUUAGGAUUGAUUGGGGCUCAAUGCCAAGCCAGAAGCAGGCACCACGUGACCUGAGAACUCUGUUUGACGGCGACCGUCUCACCGUGUUCAACAUCCUGGGCAAGGACGAGGCAAUCAACGGCACUGUCAAGCUGCUGGCCAACGGUCCCAACGGCCCCGUUUCUUUCCCCGUGCUCAUCAAGAGCGAUCACGUCAAGCAGGGCGACAUGAUCCACUGUCUGGCCGCAUACACCAUGAUCCAGGAUCUCCAGGACAAGCUGGAGGACACCACCGACAAGAAGGAGUCGGAGCGCCUGGAGAAGCUCGUCAUCGACCUGGGCAUCAAAUACGGUCUGGCCACCAACUACACUUCGUUCUUGUCCGUCGAGGACAAGCCAGUAUCGGCCAACAAGAACCAAUUUGAGAACGCCAUGAUCUCGCUUCGUGGCUCGGCCAGCGGCAUCCCCACCAACCACCACCACGCGCCACACCACCCAGUUGCCUCCACCACGGCCACUGCCACACCAACAACCGCGUCAGCCACCUCUGGCUCGGCCUCUAGCUCACCCAUCAAACCACUUUCAUCCACCGCGCCAACCUUUACACCAACCAUCACCUCCAUGUCGGCCAACGCUCCAACCUUCACACCAUCCACCCCUCUUUCCAAGUCAACGCUGAGGUUCAACUCACCAGAGUUCGUGCCAAAGAGUCUGCAGAGCUCCAUCGGUUCAAUCCCAUUCAAGCCAGCUGCUGCCUCUGUUGUUGCCACACCAGCCCCAGCUCCAGCCACAGUCGUCGUUGCCCCAACUCCAGCCGCCCCAGUUUCUGUUGCACCAGUCCCAACUCCAGCAGCAGACACAACCCCUGUCGCUGCUCCAGUCACUCCAACCAAGCCAGCUGUUACAACCCCAGCUGAGCCAUCAUCACCAGCCACCAAGGUGUCACCAGUCAAGGAGACUGUUGCUCCAGUUGAGACUGCCACCCCAGCUCCAGCCCAAGCCACUCCAACCCCAGCUCCAGUCACACCAGUCAAGGCUACCCCAGCCCCAGCUCAACCAUCCACUCCAGUGUCCGACACAGCAUCAAACAAGAUUAUGUCAGCCAUUCAGGCAGGUCUCUCUCAAAUGGGUAUGAGCAGUCCAGCUGCUGCUGCAGGUGCUUCAUCCACCAUGACCUCGGCCCCAGGCUUUGCCGCUGCUGCCGCCGCUGCCGCCUCCAGCUCGAAUGUAUCAGCUGCCGCCGCCGCUGCCGCAUCGCCAACCGCUGGCAAGAAGCAGUACUCCAUCUCUUUCCUGUUGGACCAGCGUUAUAUUGAGCCCAACACUCGCAUCCCCGAGCGUUUGAAGCAGCACCAAUCGCUGCUCAACCCACAGCAAAAGGGAAUCUUCAAGGGAGACUCGCGUCGUGGAGGCAAGGACCGUCACCACCACGAGAGACCCGCGCAGCCAGCCGCCGCGCCAGUCAAGAAGAUCAUCCUCAAGGACACCGAGGGCGAGCACAGCGAGACGUUCAAGCAGUUCAAGUUCAACCUGAACAGAAUCACAAUGGAGACGUACGCUCAGCUGAUCAAGACCAUCGAGGAGAUCGUCAUCCCCAACGAGGAGGCUCUGAAGGGCAUUGCCAAGAUCCUGUUUGAGAAGGCCAUCAUCGAUCAGAAGUACAGUGCUGUCUACGCCAUUAUGACUGGACAUCUCGAUGUCAAGUACCCCAAGUACGAUACUGUUACCCUCAAGCGUCAAGUUAUUCUCAACUGUCAGUCAGUCUUUGAGGAGAAGCUCGACCGCUCCAAGCACGAAGAGCUCAGCAAGGAGGACCGCGAGGAGGAGGAGUUCAUCUUCAAGAGAAGGAACCUCGGAAACAUCAAGUUCAUUGGAGAGUUGUACAAGCACUCUGUGUUGGCUGAGGGAGUCGUUCAGGCAUGCAUUAGAAUGCUGCUGAAACAGGCUGAAGAGACAUUCAAUGAGGAGAUCAUCGAGUCCAUGAUCAAGCUGAUCACUACCAUCGGUAAGAAGAUGGAUCAUGACGACGAGAGUGAGGAGCAGUCCAAGAGAGAGAAGAAGAAGGCCUUCAUGGUGUCAGUAUUCUCAAAACUGCUGAGCCUCUCUGAGAACUCCAAUGUUACAUCGCGUGCCAGUUACCUGAUCAUGGGUCUGCUCGACCUGCGCAAGGGAGGCUGGGAGCCAAAGACCACCGGCCUGCUCAAGGUCAACAAGGAGGACCACGAGAAGGAGGAGCGCUUCAUUAAGCAGCACGGCAGUGGCCGUCGUGACGACCGUCGUGACGACCGCCGUGGCGACGACCGUCGUGGAGGUGGUGACCGCCGUGAUGACCGCCGUGGAGGUGACCGUGGCGGCGACCGCGACACCCCAAGAAAGGGACUCUUUGGAGGCAAGGGCAGCAAGGACGGUUGGGAGACCGUCGGCAAGUCCACCCCCAAGGGCAAGCAGACUCCAAAGAAGAACGAGCUCAACAACAGUGGCACCACACCACUCAAGAGCGGCUCCACUCCAUCCCCACUCAGGACCUCAACCUCUGGCACCAAGGCUGCCGCCAACACCAGCCAGAGGAACAUGUAUAACUUGCUCAACGCCGACAAUGAGGAUGACUACGAGGCACCAAACGACUCGCCACUCAGAGACGAGAAGGCAAGCAGCACCUCCACCUCCACAAGCAGCACCUCCAAGAAGGCUGAACCAGAGAUCUCGAUUGAGAAGCUCGAGGACAACAUUGCCAUGACCCUUGACGAGUAUGUCGAGUCUGGUGACGUCGACGAGGCUAUCGAGUGCAUCAAGGAGCUGAACUACCCAACCCUAUUCGGCAAGAUUGUUUGUAUUAUUUUGAACAAGUCCUUUGAGAAGAAGGAGAAGGAGAGAAAGCUGGUCGUCGACCUGUUCAACAACAUUGUUAUCAAUCAAAUGUUCACAACAGAGAACCUUAAGGAUGGUUUCAAUGAGUGUUUGGAAACUAUUGAGGAGGUCGAGAUUGAUCUGCCAGGCGCAUCCAAGUUCUUGGCUGAGAUCAUUGGUAUUUGUAUAGAGUUGGAUAUUCUGACGCUCAACUAUCUGGAGGAAGCCUACAUCAACCUCGUUGACGAGGGCAAGGCCGAGGAGAUGCUGAAGGACACGCUGCUGGCCAUCGAGAAGCACAGCGACCAGGAGCGUCUGAUCGAGUUGUACGAGUCAGCUGAGAACCUCGACAUUCUCAAGAUCUUCCGUCCAAAGAACAGGACCAACCAAUACCUGCAAGAAGAGUUCUUCCAGAAGUUCAUCCCCUACCUGUCCAGCUCGUCCAAGGUCGUCUCUGCCGAGCAGUCCGAGCCAUCGCUCUCACAGUACCUCGUCAUGCAGCAGAAGGCAGACGGCUACUGGGAGCUCAACAAGAGUCUGGCUGGCGUGCUUGGCAUCGCCUUGUCCGACCUGGAGAGCUCUGAACACUCUGACAUGCUGGCGCGCACCCAUCCCAAGAUCUGGGCCACCUGUCUGGCGCUGUCCUUCAUCAAAAUCACCUUGACCGAGGAGGAAGAGGAGCUUGAGCUCAUCAAGCAGAAGGCUGAGACCUGGCUGAGUGAGGAGUACGAGAAGUCCGAGGCACCACAACAAACAUUAAGCGAGGUCUUGAAGAAGGCUACAAGACUCAUUAGUGAGUUUAACUAA